UAGAGCUACAGAACACUUUGCACUGUUUACGCAGGAGGAAACGGCGCUGCGUAUCGAUCAUGCUGUACGUGCAACGUCCACCGGAACGUCAGGUCGCAUCGCCAAAUUAUUGUAGGAUUAUUUAAAAUUUGAAGGAGAGGAGGGCAUGUGGGAACGAACGUCUUUCUAUUAAUGGCCUGUGAAGCCAUACUCUGGAAAUGUCGACCCUUCAGUUUCUGUCGAAGCCAAAACUUGUCAUGGUUUACCGUCAUUGGCUGGGAGUAAGCAUGUGUCUGCACUUCCUGGGCUUAUUUUGUGACUCAGUCAAAAGAAGGAUCCUCAAUGUUUGAUGUCAUUUACGAGCUAAAGUUUUGUUGAGGUGUCAGUGGCUUGCAGCUGCUGCUUUUGCUUCUGAAUGCGCCUACUUAUGCCAGCUACCUGCCAAUGAUUUUGUGUCAAGCCUUUACAGGUUGAACGAUUUUAUGUGCCAAUAUGGCUGUGCUAGGAAUAUCACCCUUUGUUUUCAUACUCCUGUGGAACCUUUUAACUCAUUUUGUAGACACUGGACAAGGUUUGGAAGUAAUCGAGCGGGAAUAUGAAAUACCAGUUAGUGCAGAUACCUUCAUUCAUGGACCAGCAACCAACCAGGGUAUGUAUGAUUACCUAGAAAUAGGCCAGAGAGCGGACAGGAUCGAAAGUCGCACUUUGGUAACGUUUGAAAUCAGCCAGUUUAUGUUGGAUAGCCAGUGGGGCCGGAAUGAGCAAUAUCCAAACAUAAACCAGAGCACUAUCCUCCAGUCCUCCCUCAGACUGAGCUGCAGCAACAUUGAAAACGCAGCUAGUACCGAUCCUUUUAAUCGUAACUUUCAGGACACCCUGCAUGUUGGCCGUCUCUUGGUCCCAUGGGAGGAGGCCGUGGCGACUUCGGUUGUCCGUGCAAGCGGUGGUCGGUCGUGGGAAGUGGAAAAUGUAGGGAUGGACGGAAGUGAUGCAACGCCAUCCGUUGCAAGUGCCUUUGUGGAUAUCACUUAUGCAGCCUGCCAGGAAGGUACGUCUGUCUCGUUUGAUAUCACGGAUACGCUCUUAUCUUGGAUCAACGGGACCAGUCCUAACUACGGUCUUGUGAUUUGGGCCGAGGAUGCCAUGCUUAGCAGGAGGUGGAUCAAGUUUGCAUCCAGCGGGAGCCAUGAUGUUGCCAACCAUCCUGUACUCACAGUCUCCAUUCAGGAUACACUUAUCUCAACACCAGGUGAGUCUUCAUUUCAGAGCAAUGUAUAA